UGCGCCGCCGCGCGGAGACGGAAGUGGUGCGGGUUGGCGGCCGGCGGCCGCCAUGAGCUUCCUCAUCGACUCCAGCAUCAUGGUCACCUCCCAGGUGCUCUUCUUUGGAUUUGGGUGGCUGUUCUUCAUGCGCCAGCUCUUCAAGGAUUAUGAGGUGCGACAGUAUGUUGUGCAGGUGAUCUUCUCUGUGACUUUUGCCUUCUCUUGUACCAUGUUUGAACUCAUAAUCUUUGAGAUUUUGGGAGUGCUGAAUAGCAGUUCUCGAUAUUUUCAUUGGAAGCUGAAUCUCUGUGUCAUUUUGCUCAUCCUGGUCUUCAUGGUACCUUUCUACAUUGGAUACUUUGUUGUGAGCAAUAUCAGAUUAUUGCACAGACAGAAACUGCUUUUUGCUUGUGUUUUGUGGCUGACAUUCAUGUAUUUCUUCUGGAAGUUGGGGGAUCCGUUUCCUAUACUCAGCCCAAAACAUGGAAUCCUGUCUAUAGAACAGCUCAUCAGCCGUGUGGGUGUGAUUGGGGUGACACUUAUGGCUUUGCUGUCAGGAUUUGGGGCUGUCAACUGUCCAUAUACUUAUAUGUCCUACUUUCUCAGAAAUGUGACAGAUGCAGAUAUUCUGGCUUUGGAGCGCCGCCUUCUUCAAACUAUGGACAUGAUUGUUAGCAAGAAAAAAAGGAUAGCAGUGGCUCACAGGACAAUGUUCCAAAGAGGAGAAGUGCACAACAAAACCACUGGCUUCUGGGGAAUGAUAAAAAGUGUUACAACAUCCGUUGCAGGCAGUGAAAAUCUGUCCCUUAUUCAGCAAGAAGUGGAUGCCUUAGAAGAGCUGAGUCGGCAGCUUUUUCUGGAAACCGCUGACCUGCAUGCAACAAAGGAGAGAAUUGAGUACUCCAAAACUUUCCAGGGAAAAUACUUUAACUUUUUGGGUUAUUUUUUCUCCAUCUAUUGUGUCUGGAAAAUCUUCAUGGCAACUAUCAAUAUUGUAUUCGACCGUGUUGGGAAGACUGAUCCAGUCACGAGAGGGAUUGAAAUCACUGUGAAUUACCUGGGAAUCCAGUUUGAUGUCAAAUUCUGGUCUCAGCACAUUUCCUUUAUCCUUGUUGGAAUAAUCAUUGUUACCUCUAUCAGAGGCUUGUUAAUCACACUUACAAAGUUCUUCUAUGCCAUUUCCAGCAGCAAGUCCUCCAAUGUUAUUGUUCUGCUCUUAGCACAGAUAAUGGGUAUGUACUUUGUCUCAUCAGUGCUCCUGAUUCGGAUGAGUAUGCCUCUAGAGUAUCGUACUAUUAUUACAGAAGUCCUGGGAGAGCUGCAAUUCAACUUCUAUCAUCGUUGGUUUGAUGUGAUAUUCCUAGUUAGUGCACUCUCCAGUAUUCUCUUCCUCUACUUGGCACACAAACAAGCCCCAGAGAAGCACAUGGCCCUCUAAAUAAGGACUGCAGUCACCCACUGUUCUCUUGUCCUUCCUACUGGACUGUUGCAUCUCCUGUGGGCUGCAAAACUUGUAAAGAGCCCAGACAGUUCUAUGUGGUCUAGCAGUGUGACUGGCUCUUUGAACUUCCACACACAUCUUCGGCAAGCUCUGUGGUUCACUUUGUUAAGGUGCCACGACUUGAAGGAGAAUGGAUGCAGGUGUUGAAUGGAAGAUAGUUUGGCACCAAGGAAUAAGGGCAGCCUUUGGUGCAGCAGUAUCUUGGGGGACUGGAACAUACAUAGUAGGUUGUCUGAGGUGAAACCUGUAUAUUUAGAAGAACAUCUUUAUAGAAGGCACUAAGGAAAUGUGAUUACCUUUUGAAAAGCAACUUGUAACUGGGAUUCAGAGGGUGGUGAUCCUACAGCUGAAUGCUUGAGUCUGUGGAAUUAAAUAAGCUUUUUGUAAUAUCUCAUGAACAACACAGUUAUUUUGUGUCAACUCCAAAGGUUUGGCUGGAAGUGAGCUAGAAAAUGGCUAGGAUUUACUGCAUGGCAGGAGGGAAAUUAAGAGAAGUUGAAGGGAGAUGUGCAUCACUGGUAUCUAGUGUUCUUAUGAGCUGGAGCUCAGCCUUCUGUUGUUGAGUCUCAGCUUAUUUCCUCUUCCUAAAUAAAUGGAAUUGAGGCUUUGAAUUACUGUUUGCUAGAGUUCAGUGUGAAGUUAGAGAUCACAGCUAUUCCUUGUUUACUUUAUAUACUGUAAAUUCAGUAUUCCUCACAACUUAUGUGUUCUUCUGCAGUAGCCUGUAUCCCCUUCUUGACACAAUUCAAAGCAAAAAAGUAAAUUUUACUCAUGUGACUUGAACCUGUAGCUUCCCAUAGCUGCUCUCCCCAGCUUGCUUUGUUUUAAAAUUUGUUUUGGAGCAUAAAUAGUAGGUAGCAAGGGUAAGACCUGGGAAAAAUAAAUAGCCACGCUCAACGAUUUAUUUCAUUAUUGUUCUUGGUGUACAGCAAAGAGGUAAAGCAUACAGUAGAAGUAUUACAGAGCCAUUUAUGUCGUAUUCAAGACAAUGUGGUUGGCUUGGAAUCAGACAAGGCAUGACUUUGAAUUACAUACACUAUUCUAGCUACCAUGAUCCACAACUAUUAAGAGGAGAGAGAAUAGUGCUUAAAAAUUUAGAUCUAUGGAUUAUGAAGUUAGUGUAAUGUUUGAAGAAAAAAGAAAAAACCUUUUGCAGCCUUAGUAAGAGAAAGGAGUGUAAUAAACUUAGUACAUUGACUUGUGACAUAUCACAGCACUUGUACUGCAGUAAAUACAGCACAUAAGUCACCACAGAGAUUGAGUUGAUGAACUUUGAUUAGGAGAACUGCCUCUCCUGGGAGAUGGGGAGAGAUCAGUUGCUCUGUAUUUAAGAGCUUGUGUUUAAAAGGCUGAAACACUUGGGGAUUUAUGAAACGUGGUUCCUCCUUCUGCGGCAGCAUGUUUAAGUAUAUACCUCUAGUCAUUUAAGCCUUUACAGAAAUAGUGACUAACUACUCACUUUUCAAGGCAGAAAGCCAGCGAAGUACAGUUGCAGUGUGUUAAAUGACUACAAGUUACAUUUAAGUGUUUAUUUCGGGCAUUUGCAUGUCAGCAAGAGAUUGUACUCCUUUACAGGUAUGGCAGUCCUAGAAAUAGUCUAGUCUGGGACAUGUAGUAGCAAAGAAUGAUUGAAGUAAAGGGAUUUAUUAUUUGUUCUUGGCAUAGUUUGUCUUCUCACAACUGUGUGUCAUCGCUGCUGUCACUGUCUCUUGCAAGUGAUUGAGAAGAGGAGGAUGAGCUUGCCUGCAGAGGAGUAACAAAUACAUUCUGGUUAUUUUUAGUUUGUAAAUUUGCUUAGUAGUCUAUAGUGUUAUGAAGGUCUUCUGUUUUAAUCGGUAUUAAUCAUGUACCUAUUUGCAUGGGAGAAUGAGCCAGUAAAUGAUUUUUGUUGUAGAUUUUUUUUAAUUAAGUUUAUUGUAGAGAGAAAAUUGAUACGGGCUUCCUGUUUUGUUUAAUUCUGGAAUCUGCUGAAUUUGCACACACAAGAGGGGCUAACUUCAGAUCUGCAAAACUCAGCUUGGUAAGUAAGAAACUUUUGAGAAAACUUGGAGCUGGACAUCUGCACACGAUGUGAUGAAGAAUAAACAGGGACAAUAUUAGUCUUACUCCUCCCUGUAUAUUCUGCAUGUGCAAAAAACCUAAAAACAUUUAAGUAUUUAAGGCUGACCACAGAAGGGUCAAAAUGACUGAUUGAAGAAGAGAUACCUUGUUUCUUUUGACUUCUGUCAUACUUCAGAUUCUACUGGCAUAAUAUGAACAAAAUAGUUCAACACAUUUGUUAGAAUGUGUUGUCAUAUCCUAUAAAUUGUUCUUCCUUCUACAAAAUAGUCUGUUCUGAAGUAUUUCACCUGGUUUCCCCAAAAAGCAUUUCAUGCUUUUUGGUGUACUUAAACACUAUUUCUCUGCCGUUUCAGGACUGUCUUGCCUGUUUCCCAUCUUCAUUAAGAAUUACCAUAUUUGAAUUGCUGUCGUGUAUAAAAUAUUUUAUGUGCAUCCUUUCUGUGAUUUAAUCUUUAAUGAAAGGUAACCAUCUGUAUUAUGUGUCAGGAGAGGAAGAGUUGUUUGUGGUAUUUGAAUCCUAGCUUCCUUAUUAAUAACACAGACUGAUUUUAUGAAAACUAUCCUCAAGCUAAAGAUCCUAGCUCAGGUAAACAUACUAGCUGAAAACAAAUUCUUUUCUUGUCCCCUAGAUAAUCCCUCAACUUCUGCUCAAUGUAGUAUUACUCACUCUUUCUCUUGGCUCUGGUGAGGUUCUCUCUGGCUCUGCUGGUGGGUUUUCUGUGUAAGCAGGAGGUUCAAAAGCAUUGUAGAAUGGAUCUACUGUAGAGGCUGUAGUGUGACUCUUCUGCUGCUGAAGGUAUUCGUAAGCAUCUUUGCUGCACACAAGUAGUGUUAGUUCGUCACCGCUAUCCUGCACUCUUGUCACCACUUUUUCAUAAGGUUCGUUCAUCACGUUCACCCCAUUCACUUCUACCAAAAAGUCAUUAUCUUUUAGACCAGCUGUGUCAGCAGGCCCAUUGUUUUGUAUCUGAAAGGCAAGUUCGGAUAGUGAUAUUAGCACAAAACUUGAAGACACAUUAACAACCAAUGUUUAUCUAGAAUGUUGUGGUACCGCUUUUGUUACAAGACAGCAAAGUAAACAUGGGAGAGGGGAAAUAUCAUAGGACAGAAAGAAAUAAAUUGGGAGAUUGGUAAUCAGUCAGGUUUAGAUGGAUUCAUUCCACAUUAAUUAAUGUGGAACCCAUCAAAUUUAGCUUUAAGAUGCAUCUUGAUGUUGCUUAGGCUUUCGUUAUGGAAGUGUGGCAUGAAGACAGGUGGAAAACCAAUUUUCUUAUUAUUUGCAGUUCCCUUUCUGGUGACUUAAUUUUAGUUUAUUACAUUUUGCAAAUUCCUUAGUAAUGAGUGGAAAUGCCCGCCCCCCCAAAAAAAUAAAAUAAAAUAAAAUAAACCCUAAAGGAACAAUCAUAAUUUGACGGAAUAGAAGCUCUUGUGAGCUGUAUAAUUCAGAGAAGGGAGGGAGAAAUAAAUCUUUUUAAGAUAUUCUGCAGCUCAGAAAAAUCUCUUUAAAUUACUAAUAUUAGCUUGCUAGCUUUAUGAAUAAAAGUAAAAAUGAGGCAAAGGUGGUAUUAGCCUCACAUUUUGACAUCCAACAGAAUGAGGAUUUUUUUUUUUUUGUGAUUUUUUUUUUUAAUCUCUCAAACAAUAUUUUACCUGGUAUUACAAUGUCAGUCUGGCUUUAACAAUUACAACCGUGUUCUCCAGUGCUUUUGGAUAACAGACUUGUGUUUUUUUUUGUGGUUUAACUUGAAUAAAUUUACAGGACGGAGGGAAAAGGGGGAGGCUGUGUGACUGACUGCCCUUGUUUCUUGUCCUGCAUUAGUACCUCACUGACGAACAGUCCAGGUUUGUUCUUGAUCACAUUCAAAUUGAAGCCAAAUCCACUGGGCCCUUUCACCAUCUUGCAGAUUCUUGGCUUGUUCACUUCCUGCUCAGUGUGCAACUCCACUCUUUCCUCCAUUUUAGCUGGAGAUGGAUCUUGUAUUUUGUGGUAGUAUGUGCAGGGGGAAAUUUGAGCCUGAAAAAGCAGUAACAAAGAUAAGCUUGUUAAUAUAAAAAAAAUCUGUUGUGAAAUCUAUAUUAGGCUUUCACAGAAUCACGGGAAUCACAGAACAUGUUAACCAUGUUUUGUUUAAACCUUUCUGUGACUCAAAAUUAAGCUGCCAUGAGGAAUCUGUCACCUUGGCCAGAAAUUAAAAGGCAAAAGCUACAGUAUUGAUCUAUGUGAGAUGAGAGUUUUGUUACCCAUUUCAUUCAUAUAUGGUUAUGCAACCUCAUAGCUUUUGUUGUCUUAAACUUAUCUUUGCUCUGAUGUGUUAAAAUUUAGAAUUUUAGUAAUGCCUAUAAAAAUCAGAAACAGGCCAGAGACUUGGGAUGUUUAGUAACAUGCUAUACAAAUGCAAGGAGAGUUGCUGAAAUAUGGACAUAUUUUAGAUAUUUACUGCAAGUUGACGUAGUUUCUCUGUCAGAGCAGAUUCAUUGGUGCCUAUAUCUCUUUUCAGUGAUGAAUUACCAAUUCCUAGCAGUAGCCUGCAUUUUCUUACCAGUUUAUACAUGGUGUCAGUCUCCUUGUCCACUACCAACAGUGUGAUUUUUUCCUCUGAUUGCUUAAUCUUUUCCACUACUUGUUCAUGGUCCAGAGCUUCUACUUGUUCACCAUUGACAGCCACUAAGAUAUCAUUGUCUUUGAGACCUGCCUUGGCUGCUGGGCUCCCAGAAUCAACAUCCUUGAUUAUGUGAUCUAAGAUCAGAAGGAGGGGGGAAAAAUAGUUUGAAAACAAGUAUGUUUGGGAAGUUGAAAGACAUUUCUGAUGGUAAAGGCCAAUUCUUCAAACUGUGCUUCAUGUUGAGACUAUUUCUGUCGUGUAGCCCUGCAGAUUAGAGGUAAGAAGCCAGACAAGAAUAAAGUCUGCAAAGCCUAUACAGGAAGAAACUACAGCAGAUGUGGUGGCCUUGUUGUUGGCUUUGUUCUUACCACCAGUAUUUUGUUCCAUUCGUAGAUAAAAGCCAUAACCACUUGUUUCCUUCUGGAGCUCAACAAGUCGUGGUUUGAGGGGAAGCAAUUUUAGGCUGGCACUCUCUUUGCUCAGUACCAUCUUCUGGCUUCUGUAAUACUGGUCCGUUUCUUCAUUGGAAAGUAGAAACAUAACAUGAUUUCCAGACUUCUUUACCUGCAUUAGUACAUUUACAGUUUCAGAUGUGACCCCUUCAACAUCAAGUGGAAUCAUAGAGGACUUCAGUAACUGAUGCAUUGAUAAACCAUUAUGUAGAUGCUGUUGAUAAAUGAGCCACAAGGUCUAGGCCAGUCUUCUAAAGAAUUGAUUUCAGUUAGAAACUUGGAGCAUGCCCAGGCUGUACCAAGAUCUUGGGCAUAUGAGAUCCUCCAUAUAACUGAGGGAAUUUCCUGUACUUCUUACUGUUUUCCUUCUCUCUAGAGAAUUAACUGUAGUGUUAUGCCACAGUUAUCAGUCAUGAAGGUGGCAUGCAGUGCCAAUAAAAUUGAGUAAUUCCUAAGUAGUACUUGGCUCUGAUCUAGAUCUUGAGCUCUACAAUAUAAAUAUAAGACAUCUGUAUCACCAUUAUGGAUUAAAAUAAUAACAAACAAGUGGGUAACUUGACAUUGCCAUACCAUUAACUUCCUAUCACUCUUGGUCCUCUUCAAUCUUUCUAUAUUACUGACUUUGGCUUUUUUUUUUUUUUUUUUUUUUUUUUGGUUUGUUCAGCCUCUGCCUCUAAGCUUUUAAUCUAAUGCUCAUCUUACCCACUGUCUCUGUGCAGCUGAUAUUACAGCAGCUCCACAAAACACAGGUGUUGCACAGUUCUGUAGUUAUUAGCAUACAUUGAAUUGUGUGGCUGUGGUGCUGGAGUAUGUGCUGCUAGUCUCAGGGCACUUUGAAAUCUUUUCAGCUGCAACUGCAUUUUAGCAGUGCUGAUAGUGGGAAAGCUGAAGCCUCACUAGCGAUGUUCUUUGAAGCUGAGGCCAGGUAACGUAGUUAGUAGCGUAGUGGUUUUCACUGAUCUUGGCUUUUCUUAACAGGUUCCAACAGGCUGGAACAUUAAUCCUCCCUAUUCCAAACUAACUGCAUCACUGGGAAGUUCCCCCUCUUCCAGCACUAAAAGCCACAUUUGAUGACUUGCCCACUUUCUAUUAAGGAUAUUUCUAGGACUUCUAGAAGCAGGACUUGAUUUAUUUAAUAGGAUUUAUGACAACAGUAUAGUUGUGGUAUUUAGACUUCUUUAGCCUGUCUUGAUGGCAAUAUUCAUUCAGAGACAGUUCAAGAGGCCUCAUGACAAUAGAGCCAUAGUAGCAGAGCUCUCUGCAGUAUUGAUGAUAGGCAGUGACUCCCAAGACUUCCUUUGAAGCGUUCAAACCAGCCAGAACUGCCCUCUCAGUAACCCUAACAGGUUUUUAGUAAAGUGGGCCAGAACAGAAGGUAACUUGGUGUGCAAAUACCUUUUCCACCACCUCCUCGUGUGUGUCAUUUUCCACAUUUUUUCCGUUAAUUUCAAUCAGGCGAUCAUUAUUUUGGGCACCAGCCUUUGCAGCUGCUCCUUGUGGUGAUACUUCUACUAUGAACAAUCCUUUCUGACCUAAAAUAGAUGGGAAAACUCAUUACACAGGGUAAGUCAAUGAAACAUGCCUAGAUUUUGAUGGCUAAGGAAGUUCAGCCCUGAUGUCCUUAUGGAUUCUGGAUCUGUUUAUGCACAGAUUACAGAAGCACCACAGAACUUCCACAUAGACGCACACCUGUGUGCUUUAUCCUGACUUGGAAAAAUCACUCCUGUGGGGGAAGAGGCAUUUUUCCCCCCCACUAUCUGCAGCUCAAACAAUCAUUUCUUUCUCUGAGAAAGAAAUGAUUCUCUUUCUACUGAGAGUGCCUAAAGGACUGAUUAAGGCAGCUGAAAGGGAUUUUGGGAGGAGGGGCAGUUUGAAGUGGGGAGAUGCUUUUGUUGUUGUUACUUGUAUUUCAUAAUUUCCUGUGUUUAGAAGGUUUCCAUGUUUGGCCUUUGAGUUAUAUUGCAUUCUGAAUUUGAAGUUGAUGCUUUCCAGAAGAUGUCCAUAUUCUUUCGAGUGUCACGGGAGGAAAGGUAUGUGUGGAAGAUGUUGAAGGUUUCUAGCUUUUUAAAUGAAGUAAUUUGCAAAUCAAAAAAAGCACUUAGUUUUCCUUUUUCAGCUGUCUUUAGAACCUUGUUUACUGGUUCCCAAGGUAAUUUGUAGGAAUGGAGCAGGCCUUGAUGCAGUGGUUGGAGUAUAUAUUUGGUUUACAAGAAGUGGAGCUGUAGAAGUAGUCUUAAACAGCAAGCAGAAAAUAGCUUAUUCUCUUUAUCCAAUUUUCUGCAUUUUUUUUUCCUCUACUCCAUAACAAAUAUGGCCCUCAGAAAACUGGAAGCUGCGUAUGCUGUACAGAAAUGAACAGUAGAGGGCUGAACUCAUUUUGCCUCCUUUCACUUCUCUUUUGUUAGCAAGGGCACUUAACUAUGGUGUCUCUGUCCCUGCUGUCAUAUCUUUACCAUCUUUCCUCCUGCCCAAGCUCUCACCUUCUGUAGUUUUCAAGGAGAAGCCAUAGCCAUUCCUUUCCCUCACCAGGUAGCAGAGCCGUGGUUGGGGAGCUGCAGUGAUUGUUCCAUUGGCUCUGAGCGGUGGAGACUGCUGCUCCUGCUGCUGUUUUGUUGACACCUUUUGACCCAACUCCUCCAAGUUCACUCCUUCUUUUUUUGCCUUUUGAUAGGAAGCUUCAUCCAGAACAAAGAAUACAACAGAGUUCCCACUCUUCUUGAUUAUCUCCACCACCUGUAGUGGACAAGGUCAAAUGGCAAGCAGGUGCUACAGUGAUUAACCUAAAAGCCCUCCCCAGGAAGGGUUGCAGUAUCAGCUCAGGCACUGCCUACACUUACUGGUGUCUCUUACGCACUUUAAGAGCGCAUCAAAGACAUUUUGUGCCUGUGGUGGAUAAUGAACAAUGCAGGGAGAUAAUCAGAGCAGUUGACUCACCUCUUGGAUUUCCUAACUAUAGCUGCUGUUAAAAAAAAGAAAAGAAAAGAAAACUUCCCAUAGUGACAGUGGGUUAUGGGGGACUGAUAUGGAUCCCAGAUUAAACUGAGGUGUACCUGUGUAUGUUCCUCCUUGUCUACAAAUAUACCAUUAACCCUGAGGACUCUGUCUCCAUCCUUCAAGCCAGCCUUUUCAGCUGGACUGUCCUUUUCCACGUUCCGGAUGAGAUGCCCUGCUGUGUCUUUCUCAAUACGCAAGUAGAAUCCGUAGUUCUUCUGGGGUUUUUUGGUUGCUUUACAUUCUCGAGGCUGGAGAGCAGAAGUCAUCGCUGCGAAGCAGGAUGGAAAAAAUACAUGUGAACGAAAAUAGUGGACUGCCCUAAAUAUGCCCUCUCUAGAUAAUAUAUUGAGUUAGUUUGCUUCAAAAUUCAUGGGAUAUUGUUGCCCAGGAAAUCCAGCUUUGCGAAGUUGAAGCUAGUUAACUAGGUUAAGGUGAAGAAUACAGUCCCCCUUUUUUCCCUCUUCCUCCUCACUUACCUUGGCUCCCUGUCUUAAAGGAAGUUAGUGUCUUAGCAAGAUGUAGAACUGGAAGAGGAAGUUGUCUGCCUAUGAUAAGACGGCAAAUAUUGAGGUGAGGAUCUAAAACCAAAACUAAGUAUUACAGGGAAAAAAACAAUGGCAGCACAAACAUUUUGGAGCACUGUAAGAAAGUUAUGUGACAAAACUGGAUUUACAGAAGUGUAGGUGAGAUCAAGGAAGGACCUCACUGUCCUGACCAGGCUUUCCUGUGCUUAGUUAUUAGUUGUUUGGUUGUUAACUAAACAAACUUAAGUUUCAGGAAAAGACAUUGUAGGUGGAGUGUUAGCGUUAAUGGGUGUGAGAUUUACAUUGGAGGAGGACUUUAAAGCAACUAAGAAAGCCCAUGUCUCCACUUACAAAAAGUUUUUUUUUUUUUUUUUUUUUUUUUUGGGGGGGGGGAGGGAGUCCUAGGUUUGAUAUCUCUGCAUUUUAGUUCUCGUACAAAAUGAUGAAUUUGCUUUGUUUUCCUGUCAUUUAGAAGUUACUCACUGGUAAAUCAAAGUUCUUGGAGUUGUCCAUGUUUUCCUUUGCCUCAGAGUCCUAUGUAAAACAUCUUUUGAUUCUGUUCUAGAGAGGUGCUAACAGAGGUAUCGUGUUACACUCGGGUAUGCUAUAUAUGUGGCUUGAGUAAGAUAUGAAUGUAGGUAUUAUGAGGUAUAACGAGUCUGGAACAUUUGGGCAUACAUCUACUGACAGUGUAAACGUACCGUCAUGUAACUUAAGGUAGUUUAACCAACCCCAUUUGGUCUAUGUGAAACGAAAAGAGGAGUCAGCACAGUGUGUUUAUGUAGCAAUUUUUAUGUGACUACUCAAACGACCGUAAAGCCCCUGUUUGCUGCCUAUCUAGCUGCAAAAGCUUUGCUUCCAACUGUGAUGACCUCAACAAUGCAGUGAGAUGUAAUCGAUAUGAAGAACGCAACAUGGUGUCUGUGCGAAAGGAAGGACACAAAAUCUGUUUUAGAAAUGACAGGCUGCUGAAGUGACUGCAGUAAUUUGAUUCAAAUGACUUGCCAAUGAGUUGAUGACAACUGUAGUAGAAUUUCUAGUGAGUAUCUCCAGGAUUCUGUGUUACUAGCCCAGAGAAUUUGUGAACAGCUAGUUGGAGAAUGUACUGUUGGGAAUUGCUACUAGGUAAUGACCUUGGUGCCCUGGAGACUACAGAGCAAAUCAUUGUGGAAGCCAUGUCAAAGCACACGAUGGACAAGAAAAUGAUUGGAAUCAGCUGAUAUGGAUUUACAUGCCUGAUGAACCUGAUGAUGAGAUGAUGACUGGCUCUGUGGUCAGGAGGAGAGCAGUGGAUGCUGUUCACCUUAACUUUUGCAAUGACUUUAAGACUAUCUUCCGUACAAUCCUUGUAGUCAAUUUGGUUAGAAAUGGACUAGAUGAGCUCAUUACUAGGUGAGUGGAAAGUGAUGGACCACCAACCUUGGAGGGUUUUGAUCGGGGUGAACCAGCUGGUGGCUGGUUACUAGUGGCAUUCUUUAGGGUUAGUACUACAGCUGAUACUGUUUAACCUUCUUAUUGAUGAUGUAGCCAGUGAGACAGAAUACAUCCUCAAGUUUGUGGAUGAUACCAGUUACAGAGAGCAGCUGAACAAGUUGAAUAUGAGUCAGCAUUAAUGGGUGUGAGAUUUACAUUGGAGGAGGACUUUAAAGCAACUAAGAAAGCCCAUGUCUUCACUUACAAAGCUUUAUUUUUUUUUUUUCAUUUACAUUUGUAAAAAAAAAUGUGCAUUUGCAGUGCAGGUCAAUUGUACACUGGGCAAUACUGGUGAAAAUGUAGCCAGCAGAAAGUGAUUGUUCUCUUCUGGUGUUUGUGAGACCAUAUGUGAAUAUUGUGUCCAGUUUUGGGCUCCCCAAUUAUUGUCAUAUUAGAGCAAAUCCAAUGGAAUGAUAAAAGGCUAGAAAUAUGAUAUUUGAGGAGAGUCUGAAAGCUGGAUUUAUUCAGUCUUGAGAAGGUAGAAGGAAGGUCUUAGUAUCUUCACGUACCUAACUGGAACGAAUGGAGAAGAGCAAGGCAGACUCUUCUCAGAAAUUCAGUGAUGAGGUGAGAGGAAACAAACAGAGGCUGCACAAGGGAAAUUCCAAUUAGAUAUAAGGUCACCUUUUCACCCCAAUGCUUGUCAGAAAUUGGAGCAGGUACCUAGAGAGGCUGUGGGACCUCAAGCCCUAAGAUACUUACCUGGAUGAGACCCCAAGCAACCAGAUCUAGACUGGCCCUGUUUUGCAUGAGAUAGGGAUCAGAUGGCCUCCAGAGGUUCCUUUCCAACCUAAGCUAUUCUAUGCUUUUGUGAUCUAAUGGAACUCUAUUUUGGGUGGUGCCCAUCAAUAGGGGGAAUAUCACGUAUCAUGUGCUGAAAGUAAGCAAUAGUCAUGAUCAGAGAAAAUUCCAAAGUUAGCUGUCUCAGCAACUCCUACCAAAGACCCAUGCUGAUAAACAAGGUGAAGGAGGACAACCUUCUCUGGUUGGAAAGUUCAGGUAAUUAGUAACUCGAUCUGUGUUUUAUUGGAUAUGUUUUCUUCUGUCUAUCUCUGCCAUCUGGAGUCUGUCAAAAGGCCAAAGCUGUGUUGCUGAAAUUAGCCUCUAAUCACAACCUAAUAAAUAAUAAUAGUAGCAUUCAUCUACCUGCAUGUAAAACUUUCCUCACAACUCUAUGGUUUUGCUUCUCUUUCCAUCACCUAUGUGACUAAUGUAUGUGGGAAUAGGCCUUUUUCAAAGCCAGAAGUGCAUUGUUGAAAGUAUUCAGGCAACAUUCAGAAAAGUAUGCGUGUGUGGUGGGGGUUUGGUGCAGAUGCCACUGAAAUGGGAAGAGAACAGAGGGAAUUUCAGCAUGCAGAAAUAGGAAGCUUACAGGUCAUAAUUCACUCUCUCCCUUUGGUCAGGUGAUUCUUGUGCUUUUUUUGAGUCCCUGUGUGUUUGCAUUAGGGCAAGCACUGUACAGAGAUGGGCUGCCCUAUUAUUUGGACCUUGUUUGGAACACAUCAGACUGUAUUGAUCACAGUUGCAGCUGAAAGCAGUUUUUCAUGACAGACAUUGGGAAUUUGUGCUAAUUUUCGAAGUUUACCAGCAAAAAUAGUGUACAGAAAGGCCAAGAAACAGUAGACUCUUAAAGGAAAGAUUACCUCUUCAUAUUUAGAAAGUGGAGGAAGCUUAUAGAGGGCUGCUUACUAUUUAUCAUUUCACUCCAUGAAAGCUUUACAUGCAAAAUUAUCAGGAUCAAAAAAGGAGAAGUUUUCUAGGGGAAGAGGAAUUAGGGAAAAAUCAAAGAAAUUUCCUACCUGUGUGUCUGUGUGGAACAGCCCUCACAGAAGUUCUCUUUUGCUGUCCCUCUUGUGGCAGUACCUAUAGGUAGGGCUGGACUUUGAUUGGGCAAAGGUUGAUUUAAAAGAUGAUUAUUUAACCAAGUUUCACUGAAUAUGUUCAUCUUCUUGAUAAGCUGCCUUGUCCUUGCCUGCAGAGGUACAAAUCACAUGCCCUUCUCAGUAGCUUUGAAUUCUACUCUGCUGAUGAUUAGACUCAUCAGCUCCUUGAUGAGUGAUCUGAGCUCAUCUGGAGCUGAUCUGAGCCAAGCCUGAUCUUUGCUCUGGGCAAGAAUCUUCUCCAGGUAUAAGAAACAUCUUACAGGGAGCAGGUCUGGGCGUAUCUUAUCCCUUUGAUAUAAACAUCUGCAAGAUACACUGACAGACAUGAACUGAACUAAUGGUGUUUCUGAAGUGAGGGGAAGUCACCGAAUUGGAGAUCUUCGUAUACCAAUAUGUGUAGUGAUUUGACAGUAUGAAGUUCCCUGUUCCAAAGUCUCAUUCAACUUCAGAAAAAUGUAAAAGGUGUAAUUGCCCUCAUUAACUUGCUAUGGGAUUGGAUUAGAAGUAAUGUUUGCCUUGGCUGUCUGCUCUGGCCCUUUAAUUCAAAGGAAAGGUAAUAGAAAUAUAUAUAACCUAAAUAUUGUUCUUCAACAGAACAUUCAUCAGUUUUAUGAAUGCCUUACUGUAAUCUAUUUACCCCAAGUGGAUUUGCAAGCCUGUUGUGACUAGGAAUUGUCCCUGUUUGUGUAAAAUUCAAUCUAAGAGUCCAGGAAAGUGAGCCCCAGUGUUGUAAGCACUAGACAAAUGUGGUCAGACCCUGCCUAAGGUGGCUUACAGUCCUUCGGAGAGGUGAGACAAAGAUUGGAUAACAAGGGACAUAGAGAGGGGAAAUCACCAUGGCUCAUGGUUUUGUACCUGAGUGCAGUGAGGAUUGGAAAACGUAGACAUAUGUAUGUGUGAGUGUGUAUAUGUAUAAUACAUAUAUGUAUAUGCAUGUAUAAUAAAUGAAGAGUGUGUGUGUGUUUCUAUAUAUGUAUACGUAUCUCAGGUCAGUAUAUAAGGAAACAGCACACUAUUUGAAGCAAGACAUCAGGAUGUAUUUUUUGAUUGUAGUGUCGCUGUGAUAAUCACCUGAGCCCAGCUGGGGUCCAGAUAAGAUUUUUUUAAGAAUAAGGUGCUACACAAAUGUAAAAUGUCUGUGAAAUGCAGGAACACUCUAUGUUUAUAGAAGAGAAGAUAUGGGUCAUGUUCGAGUUGGAAAAGAGGUGGAGAUUGUGCAACUGUUACAAAAAGUGUGGAAAAGACUGUUGAGGGAGGAAGGUCUAGGAGUCAACAGAAUGUUUGGAAACUUCAUGAUUUAUCAUGCCAGAAAAGUUGGUAAAUGAGAAUAAGGAGGGGAAGGUUCUUUAUGAGCAGAGACUGGUGGUUAACAUUAGAGCCAUGAAAGGAGGUUGGAUGAGAUACUGAUGAUGAGGUGCAUAAGGAAGUAUCACCAUAUCUGCUCGAGAACAAGACUGUGUGUGCCUUAGGGCUGUCUUCACGUCUGUGGUGCUGAGAUACACAUUGUAUGGAAGGUGUGCUAAUGUAUCCAGUACUGGUGAGCCCUUGAGGGGCCUAUCCUGUCCUUUCCCCAGUAAAAAUGAAAUUAAGAAUGGAACAGAAAAAAAGGCAACUUAAAGUUACCUCUUCUGAUUCUUGAGGCUUUUGGACUGUUCUCUCAAACAUGUUCCUACCUGUAGACCUCUAACAUAUUAUGGCCUGCAGAUCUCUAGGAAAACCUCUAAAUUCACAGGUUUUUGAUAUUGCAGGAUAUUGCCAUAAGAUAUUAGCACAGGGACUAAAUUUAUGGGGACCAUUUCCCCCAAAGUAUGUCCCUCUUUUAUAGCCCAGUUGUGGUAAUGCAAGAAUUCUUACAUUUUCCUGUGUGCUAACAUUUACAAAUUUCUUCAAUUGUUCUCUUUGCCAAGGCUUUCUGAUAUUUAGUUAGAGAAAAUUCUGUCAUACUUAUCUGCGUUACCAAAGGAGCCAUCUGUUUCAGAUAUUUAUUUUAGAUUUAUGCCAGAGAGAAACAUUUUCUAGUAGUUGUAAGUGGCCACAUAGUUCCCUCAGCGUGUUGGUAACCAGAGAAAGGAGCCUGUGUUCUUAAUUUUGGAGCUUGGCAGGGUCCCUGGCUUUAAUAAAUUCAUAAAUUUUGAUAAGUCUUAACCCUAAAAUAAAUGCUACUCGUCACGGUCCCACUGUUUGCCAGAAAGUAUGCAGUCCAAGUGUCAAGCUUGCUUUGUGGCCCUGUUUUGGACACAGACAUAAAUGGAGCAUGUGGAUCUAAUGCCCAAUAGUGCCAAGAUGAGGGCUCAUAUCUGUUACUGACAUCUGAAGAGUUUAUUCAGGUUCAUGUAUGAGUUUAAUAAUAAUAAAAUAAAAUAAUAAAAAGCCA